AUUGUCUCAGUCCCAGAUAACUAUACCCUCUAGCAUCCUAAUUGUCUCAGUCCCAGAUAACUAUUCCCUCUAGCAUCCUAAUUGUCUCAGUCCCAGAUAACUAUUCCCUCUAGCAUCCUAAUUGUCUCAGUCCCAGAUAACUAUUCCCUCUAGCGUCCUAAUUGUCUCAGUCCCAGAUAACUAUUCCCUCUAGCGUCCUAAUUGUCUCAGUCCCAGAUAACUAUUCCCUCUAGCAUCCUAAUUGUCUCAGUCCCAGAUAACUAUUCCCUCUAGCAUCCUAAUUGUCUCAGUCCCAGAUAACUAUUCCCUCUAGCAUCCUAAUUGUCUCAGUCCCAGAUAACUAUACCCUCUAGCAUCCUAAUUGUCUCAGUCCCAGAUAACUAUACCCUCUAGCGUCCUAAUUGUCUCAGUCCCAGAUAACUAUUCCCUCUAGCAUCCUAAUUGUCUCAGUCCCAGAUAACUAUUCCCUCUAGCAUCCUAAUUGUCUCAGUCCCAGAUAACUAUUCCCUCUAGCAUCCUAAUUGUCUCAGUCCCAGAUAACUAUUCCCUCUAGCAUCCUAAUUGUCUCAGUCCCAGAUAACUAUUCCCUCUAGCAUCCUAAUUGUCUCAGUCCCAGAUAACUAUUCCCUCUAGCAUCCUAAUUGUCUCAGUCCCAGAUAACUAUUCCCUCUAGCAUCCUAAUUGUCUCAGUCCCAGAUAACUAUUCCCUCUAGCAUCCUAAUUGUCUCAGUCCCAGAUAACUAUACCCUCUAGCGUCCUAAUUGUCUCAGUCCCAGAUAACUAUUCCCUCUAGCGUCCUAAUUGUCUCAGUCCCAGAUAACUAUACCCUCUAGCGUCCUAAUUGUCUCAGUCCCAGAUAACUAUUCCCUCUAGCAUCCUAAUUGUCUCAGUCCCAGAUAACUAUUCCCUCUAGCAUCCUAAUUGUCUCAGUCCCAGAUAACUAUUCCCUCUAGCAUCCUAAUUGUCUCAGUCCCAGAUAACUAUUCCCUCUAGCAUCCUAAUUGUCUCACAGCUUAACGUUCUUGUGUUCAUUGUUGCCCCUAAUACGUUUUACCUCAUUGUUGUGAACUGGUUUUGGGAUGUGGAAGGCCAGAGCUUUUUUAUUGUCCAAAACCUGUUUUAUUUGGAUGGUUGGGUGGUAAAGGGAUCAUAACCUGUUUUAUUUGGACGGUUGGGUGGUAAAGGGAUCAUAACCUGUUUUAUUUGGACGGUUGGGUGGUAAAGGGAUCAUAACCUGUUUUAUUUGGACGGUUGGGUGGUAAAGGGAUCAUAACCUGUUUUAUUUGGACGGUUGGGUGGUAAAGGGAUCAUAACCUGUUUUAUUUGGACGGUUGGGUGGUAAAGGGAUCAUAACCUGUUUUAUUUGGACGGUUGGGUGGUAAAGGGAUCAUAACCUGUUUUAUUUGGACGGUUGGGUGGUAAAGGGAUCAUAACCUGUUUUAUUUGGACGGUUGGGUGGUAAAGGGAUCAUAACCUGUUUUAUUUGGACGGUUGGGUGGUAAAGGGAUCAUAACCUGUUUUAUUUGGACGGUUGGGUGGUAAAGGGAUCAUAACCUGUUUUAUUUGGACGGUUGGGUGGUAAAGGGAUCAUAACCUGUUUUAUUUGGACGGUUGGGAGGUAAAGGGAUCAUAACCUGUUUUAUUUGGACGGUUGGGUGGUAAAGGGAUCAUAACCUGUUUUAUUUGGACGGUUGGGUGGUAAAGGGAUCAUAACCUGUUUUAUUUGGACGGUUGGGUGGUAAAGGGAUCAUAACCUGUUUUAUUUGGACGGUUGGGUGGUAAAGGGAUCAUAACCUGUUUUAUUUGGACGGUUGGGUGGUAAAGGGAUCAUAACCUGUUUUAUUUGGACGGUUGGGUGGUAAAGGGAUCAUAACCUGUUUUAUUUGGACGGUUGGGUGGUAAAGGGAUCAUAACCUGUUUUAUUUGGACGGUUGGGUGGUAAAGGGAUCAUAACCUGUUUUAUUUGGACGGUUGGGAGGUAAAGGGAUCAUAACCUGUUUUAUUUGGACGGUUGGGUGGUAAAGGGAUCAUAACCUGUUUUAUUUGGACGGUUGGGUGGUAAAGGGAUCAUAACCUGUUUUAUUUGGACGGUUGGGUGGUAAAGGGAUCAUAACCUGUUUUAUUUGGACGGUUGGGUGGUAAAGGGAUCGUAACCUGUUUUAUUUGGACGGUUGGGUGGUAAAGGGAUCAUAACCUGUUUUAUUUGGACGGUUGGGUGGUAAAGGGAUCAUAACCUGUUUUAUUUGGACGGUUGGGUGGUAAAGGGAUCAUAACCUGUUUUAUUUGGACGGUUGGGUGGUAAAGGGAUCAUAACCUGUUUUAUUUGGACGGUUGGGUGGUAAAGGGAUCAUAACCUGUUUUAUUUGGACGGUUGGGUGGUAAAGGGAUCAUAACCUGUUUUAUUUGGACGGUUGGGUGGUAAAGGGAUCAUAACCUGUUUUAUUUGGACGGUUGGGUGGUAAAGGGAUCAUAACCUGUUUUAUUUGGACGGUUGGGAGGUAAAGGGAUCAUAACCUGUUUUAUUUGGACGGUUGGGUGGUAAAGGGAUCAUAACCUGUUUUAUUUGGACGGUUGGGAGGUAAAGGGAUCAUAACCUGUUUUAUUUGGACGGUUGGGUGGUAAAGGGAUCAUAACCUGUUUUAUUUGGACGGUUGGGUGGUAAAGGGAUCAUAACCUGUUUUAUUUGGACGGUUGGGUGGUAAAGGGAUCAUAACCUGUUUUAUUUGGACGGUUGGGUGGUAAAGGGAUCAUAACCUGUUUUAUUUGGACGGUUGGGUGGUAAAGGGAUCAUAACCUGUUUUAUUUGGACGGUUGGGUGGUAAAGGGAUCAUAACCUGUUUUAUUUGGACGGUUGGGUGGUAAAGGGAUCAUAACCUGUUUUAUUUGGACGGUUGGGUGGUAAAGGGAUCAUAACCUGUUUUAUUUGGACGGUUGGGUGGUAAAGGGAUCAUAACCUGUUUUAUUUGGACGGUUGGGUGGUAAAGGGAUCAUAACCUGUUUUAUUUGGACGGUUGGGUGGUAAAGGGAUCAUAACCUGUUUUAUUUGGACGGUUGGGUGGUAAAGGGAUCAUAACCUGUUUUUAUUUGGACGGUUGGGUGGUAAAGGGAUCAUAACCUGUUUUAUUUGGACGGUUGGGUGGUAAAGGGAUCAUAACCUGUUUUAUUUGGACGGUUGGGUGGUAAAGGGAUCAUAACCUGUUUUAUUUGGACGGUUGGGUGGUAAAGGGAUCAUAACCUGUUUUUAUUUGGACGGUUGGGUGGUAAAGGGAUCAUAACCUGUUUUAUUUGGACGGUUGGGAGUUCUAGGAACCAUCUGAUGGUGUGGGACCUGGAGUCUGGGUAUAUCAAAGGGAGGAUGAAAGCUUCCCACACAGAGUCUCUCCUGUCCAGCAGCACCGUCAGAGACAGACAGUCCCAGAUACAACCAAAGGACACCACAGGACUAUUUCCUCUAGCUGUAGUGAUGCCCUGGGACAGACGAACAGACAGCCAGUCUGCUAAGUGGAGGAGGCUGGAGAGGGAGGCCGAGGAGCAACGGAAGCUGGACAGGGAGAAAUACAACUCCGUAGACCAGUACCUUCUCAGUGGGGACCAACAGGUGGUGGUGUGUUCCUAUUUCUCCCACCACCUCAACGUGUUCAGCGUGGGGUCCCAGGACCACCUCCACACCCUGGAGGACAGGACAUCCCUGCUGAUCCUCCACACCGCUGCCCUCACCCACCCCGGGGGACACCUGGUCCUGGCCAACUACUGCCAGGCUCAACGUACACCCUACCUCACCCUCUGGGACCUGCAGAAAGGCACAGUGAGGAAAAGAUUGAAGAACGAGCCAGGAGUCUGUUGUGUGGCGAUCACAGAUGACGCCAGCAGAGUCGCCUUUGGGGUCAGCGGAUGUAACAAGCUUAAAGUGUGGGAUCCCUUCAGGAGGAAUCACAAGACUAUCUCUGGCUACGCCAGCCUGAGACUAGGAGGGUCCAACCAGCUUUAUAUCACUGAGGGAGGAGCCAAAGCCAUUCUACUAGCAGGUGAGCUGAGCCUAUGGGACCUGGAGGCCUGCAACGUCCUGUCUGUCCUCUCCCCAGAUGCCCACGUACAGUGUCUGACCCUCCUUGGAGGAGACGAAAAUAGUAGCGCCCUAUUGUUAGGCCUUAGCCACAGUCCUGCCCUCAUCACAGUCAGGCUGACGUCACAAUCACAUGGGGGGGUCGCCACGGCAACCAACGUCAGGGACGACGACUUGUUCGCAGAGUCCAGUAGUAGCGAGGAUGGAGAUGACUAGGACAGUCAGACUGGAGUAGAGAUUGUUCUGGAACUUUAUUUGAUAUAUAUUUUAUUUUUUAAUCAUGCUUUGAGUAUUUUGAAAUAUCCUGAUUUACUAAAGACACUUCUUCAGCCUUCGAACAGGAUGACCUGAUAAGCAGAAUGGAAUGUAAAAUGCAUAUUUCAAGAAAAUACAAGUAUUGGUCCCCGA